AUGGGUAGGUCUCAAUAUUACCAAUACACGGUGUCCUUCAUAAAAGCCUAUCAGCCAAAGGCCAAGGCCAAAGAGAAUUGGAUCGAACCAAUUGAUUUCCCGAACACCAUAAUCUCCUUUGCCGAAGAAGAAACAACUGGAAUUGACAGGCCACACACGGAUCCAUUGGUGAUCGAGCUGACCAUCAAAGAUCACGACAUGGCAAGAGUAUUAAUCAAUAUUGGGAGCUCGGUAAAUGUUAUCUUCAGAGAGACCCUAAAAAGGAUGAAAAUUGAUCUCUCCAAAGUGACUGCCACGCCCAAGCCGUUAACCAGAUUCUCAGGAGAAACAACCAUGAGAAUGGGAACCAUCAGACUACCUGUCCAAGUCGGAGGUAUUACGAAUAUCGUCAAAUUUUCUGUGGCAGACCAUCCCACGAUUUAUAACGUAAUCAUGGAAACUCUGUGGAUCAACGCCAUGAGGGCUAUCCCAUCAACCUAUCAUCUCUGCAUCAAGUUCCCAAAUCUUGGAGGCAUUAAGACUAUUUGGAGAAACCAAAAAGAAUCGCAUAUGUGCUUUCUCACCGAACAUAAGCUAAGAAAUCCUACUGACGCGUGUGCGGCCGUCGACCGCAAGAAGUUGAAGACAAACCGGGAGCCUGUAAACGAGCUCUCAAACUCUUGUAGCAAGCCAGAUUGCGAUCCAGUGAUCUCAGUGUGCAUAGACGAAAAGCAUCCGGUGAGAUGCGUGGAAAUUAGAGCCAAACUAGAUGAGCGCUUGAAGAAUCUGAAUAUGAACCCAACCUUCAAACCUAUAAAGCAGAAGAGAAGGAAGCUCGGCCCGGAACGAGCCAACGCAGUUAAUGAUAAAGAAGAGAAAUUGCUCAAAGUCGGGUCAAUAGCCUUGGCGAAAUACCCAGAAUGGCUCGCAAACCCCGUGGUAGUAAAAAAGAAGAAUGAGAAAUGGCAAGUCUGCGUGGAUUUUACAGAUCUUGACAAGGCAUGUCCCAAAGAUAGUUUUCUGUUGCCGUAUAUCGACCGGCUCGUAGAAGCAAUAGCCGGAAACAAAUUGCUGUCAUUCAUAGAUGCUUUCUCUGGAUACAACCAAAUUCUCAUGCACCCUGGCAAAAGAAAGAAGACAUCAUUCAUAACUGACUGCAGGAUAUAUUGCUAUAAGUAG